CACUUCUUUAAACUCCAUAUCACAUGAUACGAUAUAAAGUAGUAUAGGAAUGAGUUCUUACAUAUCAUGUAAUAUCACACCAUCGUAUUUUUUAUGGUGAUUCGCAACCAAUGGAUCAUUGUUAUUUGGUUCACACAUGCAAUUGCGAGGUCUAGAAGCUAAAAUGUCAUUUGCUUAGGAUUAUGGAUUCUGGAGGUUAGGGAUCAAGAAUGUAUUGGAAUUCGCAGAGGACUUUUAGUGGAAGCAGUGAUUUGUUUGCGGACCCGUUGACUCUGUCGGGAAAUCCGGAAAUGCAAGAGGUCAGAGGAGAAUGGAGGCGAUGAUCCGAAUAAGUUUAGUCUGGGUCUUUUAGAUGUGCACGCUUUUGAUACUGAGCUUAUUCAUUCCUGAGGUGGUUUGUGUUUUUCGCAGUCACAUGCUUGCUGCACUUGGCUUUGUAGAUGUUAUUUUAUCAUGAUUGUCGAUUAGAGUCUAGGUCAUUAUUUCGAAUUAAAUUUCAGGAUGUGGUAGGUAGGUUACAAGUUAUGUCCGUUUAAUGUAAGUCUAAGUGCGGUAGUGUAUUGCUAUGCAGGAAACAACACAGUGUGUAGUUCAUAUUUUUAUCGCUGCACUAGCUCCCUCUUAUGGUGUCUAUUAAUUGACAUAUGAAUUUGUUCGAGACCAUCUUCAUCCCGGAUGCUUAAAAAGUGGCCAAGAAACCUGCAAAACAAUGCUUAUGGCAGGAGGUCUUGCUGAGUGGCAAGCUGGAUAUGCUGCUACCCUCUAGAUGUUCAAACCUGGCUUCACGGACUAUUUAGUUACAUUCCACCUGGAAAAUGGAUAGAGUCGGAGAUCAACAGCAAAUGGAAUUGUUUAAAGAACGAACAUGGCCUGAGUUUAAGGUUGGCCAUUUAUUUCAUGUUGUCUUAAACUUCAAUCGAUUUGUGGGGAAAAUCAACAUACAUUUUCGUGAGCCAUUGACCUUCAAGUUGAAGUUAAAUAGGGUUAUGGGUUAUCCCACUCAACUAUUGUACACAACUAAUGAAAUGAAGAAUGUCAUAGAGUUGGAUUUGUGCACUCUGAACAAGGCAAUGACUGUCAAGGUACCUCAUUUUACAUCAAAGAAUUUUUAUCAAUCUACUCAAGCAGUUGCAAUUCAAGAUCAGCUAGCUUUGAAAAGAAUCGAGGAGAGUUGUUGCUGAGGGGAAAAAGUCAUUUGUUUUAACUUAGUCAAUUCUUACGCGGCUUAAACCUCACACAAGAGCUUCAAUCAGUUUGGUAUAUGGAGGUGAUAUUAGACCCAAUGGAGGCUUCGUAGGGCCGGUACUAGCAGUCAGGCGAAAGGCUCUUGGCAGUCGGGGAGAAGGUCGAUGAUGCUUUCAAGGUGCCUGCCAAAACUUUCGGGAAUUUAAUGGAAGCAAGGAAAGUGAAUACCAUGGUCUCUACCCUUGGCUGUAGCUCAAAGACCGAGCUGCUAAAAAAGAUGAAACUUAAACUUUGUAAUCCACAUGUUUUUUGUAAAAACAAGGCAUGUGUACAAUGGUCUCCUUCAACUGCAGGCCUCAACCUAUAUUACAUCUUAUACUGCAUUUUUACAUAUAAUUUUACAUGGUUAGAGUAU